GGGGGAUCCGCCAUUGUCGCCGCCGCCGCGCUCGCAAUAGCGCUCCCGCCUUAAAGGGGCCGCGCCGCCGAACCGCCCAUCAGGACCGGGGAGGGGCCCACAGCUCCGGCACCGUCACCGCGCCCAGCCCUUCGCGCACCGCCGCCAUGAGGGAGAUCGUGCAUAUCCAAGCGGGACAAUGCGGCAACCAGAUCGGGGCCAAGUUUUGGGAGGUGAUCAGCGACGAGCACGGCAUCGACCCCACCGGCACCUACCACGGUGACAGUGACCUCCAGCUCGACCGCAUCAGCGUCUACUAUAAUGAAGCCACCGGGGGUAAGUACGUGCCAAGAGCCAUCUUGGUGGACCUGGAGCCAGGCACGAUGGACUCCGUGCGCUCGGGACCCUUCGGGCAGAUCUUCAGGCCAGACAACUUCGUUUUCGGCCAGAGCGGUGCAGGCAACAACUGGGCCAAGGGCCACUACACGGAAGGGGCUGAGCUGGUGGACUCGGUCCUGGACGUGGUGCGGAAGGAGGCGGAGAGCUGCGACUGCCUGCAGGGCUUCCAGCUGACCCACUCGCUGGGUGGCGGCACUGGCUCGGGCAUGGGGACCCUCCUGAUCUCCAAAAUCCGCGAGGAGUACCCCGACCGCAUCAUGAACACCUUCAGCGUCGUCCCGUCCCCCAAGGUGUCGGACACGGUGGUGGAGCCCUACAACGCCACCCUGUCGGUCCACCAGCUGGUGGAGAACACGGAUGAGACCUACUGCAUCGACAACGAGGCCCUCUACGACAUCUGCUUCCGCACCCUGAAGCUGACAACCCCCACCUACGGCGACCUCAACCACCUCGUCUCGGCCACCAUGAGCGGCGUCACCACCUGCCUGCGCUUCCCCGGGCAGCUCAACGCCGACCUGCGCAAGCUGGCGGUCAACAUGGUCCCCUUCCCGCGCCUCCACUUCUUCAUGCCCGGCUUCGCCCCGCUGACGUCCCGCGGCUCCCAGCAGUACCGCGCCCUCACCGUCCCCGAGCUCACCCAGCAGGUCUUCGACGCCAAGAACAUGAUGGCCGCCUGCGACCCGCGCCACGGCCGCUACCUCACGGUGGCCGCCGUCUUCCGGGGCCGCAUGUCCAUGAAGGAGGUGGACGAGCAGAUGCUGAACGUGCAGAACAAGAACAGCUCCUACUUCGUCGAGUGGAUCCCCAACAACGUCAAGACAGCCGUCUGCGACAUCCCGCCCCGCGGCCUCAAGAUGGCUGUCACCUUCAUCGGCAACAGCACGGCCAUCCAGGAGCUCUUCAAGCGCAUCUCGGAGCAGUUCACGGCCAUGUUCCGGCGCAAGGCCUUCCUGCACUGGUACACGGGCGAGGGCAUGGACGAGAUGGAGUUCACCGAGGCCGAGAGCAACAUGAACGACCUGGUGUCCGAGUACCAGCAGUACCAGGACGCCACCGCCGAGGAGGAGGAGGACUUCGGCGAAGAGGCUGAAGAGGAGACCUAAGGGGGCGGCCUCUGGUCAUCGUCCUCGGAGAGCCCUCGUCCUUCACUGCCACCAUCAUCGUCAACGUCGUCCUCGGAGAGCCCUCGUCCUUCAGCAUCGUCCUCGGAGAGCCCUCGGCCUUCACCGUUGUCACCGCAAAGCCCUCGGCCUUCGUCAUCGUACUCGGAGACCUUCAGCCUUCAUCACCGUCUGUAGGGAGCCCUCGGCUUUGGAGCCCUCUCCAUUGUCACCGGAGCAGCCUUUGGCCUUUGUCAUCGCCCUCGGUCAUCAGGGGGUCCCCAGAGCCCUCGUCCUCCAAGACCCUCCCAGUCCUUCAGCGCAAUCACAGCCUUCAUCCUUCAUCAGCAUCAUCGUCACCGUAGAGUCCUCGUCUUCGGGGCCUCCUCAUACUCUGCCAUCUCCUCACCAGAGCACCCCUCCCGCCCUCUCCAUUGUCACCGUCACCCGAAGGCCAACGUCACCACAAAGCCACCGGUGGCCCCUCCGUGUCCCCCUUGUCCCCGCGUCCCCCCCUGCCUGGGGGGGGUGACAGCACCACUAAAUUAUUGCAGCCCCCGGGCACCAAUUUCCCUGGUCUUUCCCCAAAACCAUUGCCCCGGCUGCAGGGGGUUCCAGGGUGGCCCUGUCCCCCGUGUCCCUGGCUGAGGGCUCUCCUGUCCCCUACGUGUCCCCUUCCCCCCAAUCCAUCCCAUUUUGGUUUUAUUUUUCCCUUUUUUUUUUUUUUUUCAUAUUGAAAAGCCGCCCCCGGGCGAGGAAUAAACCCGG